AUGCACAGAAACCUCCAUGAGCCCAUGUACAUUUUCAUUGCAGCUUUGCUUCUGAACUCUAUUGUUUUCAGCACUAAUAUAUAUCCAAAAUUGCUGUCAGAUUUUUUAUCUGAAAAACAGAUUGUAUCAUAUUCAGCUUGCUAUUUGCAGUUUUUUCUUUUCUAUUUUUUAAGUGGUUCAGAGUUUUUAUUGCUAGCAGCAAUGGCCUAUGAUCGCUAUGUGUCUAUAUGUGCACCUUUACAGUAUGCAACAAUAAUGGGAAGAACCACAGUUAGUAUUUUCCUGAGUUUAGCUUGGCUUGUGCCCGCUACAAAUCUAUCUGGCGGAGUCAGGUAAGUAAUAUUGAGCUCUAAAAUGAAACUCUGUGAAUUGAAUUUGAAUGGAAUCUUGUGUAACAAUUCGAUUUACAAUAUGUUCUGUGUAAGUUCAAAAGUGCAUAUAAUAUUUGGUGCUGUCUCUGUGGCUAUGAUUGCAAUUUUCUCUCUGCUCUUCAUAAUUUUUACUUACACCAGAAUACUGAUAAUAUCCUUUCAGAGUUGCAAGGAAGUCAGAAAGAAAGCUGCUCAGACAUGUUCGCCCCACUUACUAGUUUUGAUCAGUUUCACCGUGUAA